GGCCUUCAGCCAACCAAGUUUUGGUGGAGAAUGAGCAACAGGCUGGGUUUAUGCCGAGUGUAGCAUAACGAGUUGAGUUAUACCUGUUUAAUGUAGGUGUUAUUAUCAGUGCGAGGCCUUUAACUUUGUCUCUUUUUCUUGAAUUUGGGUUAGGUAGUGGAAGAUAAUUUAAUUCACGUUUUAUUAAAUAGAGUAACCACAUUUGUUCGUUACCGUGGCAUGGAUGAGGUACGGCCUACCAGUGUUGCUCAAGCCCACGGGCUGGUUCCUCUGUUUCCUCCUGGACUCCAGGCUAUCUACGGGGAAUGCCGGCGACUUUACCCCGAGCAGGCCAACCCGCUUCAGGUCACAGCAAUUGUAAAAUAUUGGUUAGGGGGACCAGACCCGUUAGACUACAUCAGUAUGUAUAGGAAUACGGGAUGCCCAGCUCAGGACAUCCAGGAGCAUUGGCACUAUGUCAGCUUUGGACUGAGUGACCUAUAUGGUGAUAAUAGGGUUCAUGAAUUCACAGGUGCAGAAGGACCUAGUGGGUUUGGCUUUGAGCUCACCUUUAGACUUAAAAGAGAGGCAGGAGAGACAGCACCACCAACCUGGCCAGCUGAACUGAUGCAAGGCCUGGCUCGUUAUGUGUUCCAGUCAGAAAACACAUUUUGUAGUGGUGACCAUGUAUCAUGGCACAGUCCACUAGACAACAGUGAAUCUCGCAUCCAGCAUAUGUUGCUUACGGAGGACCCACAGAUGCAACCAAUUCAAACUCCUUUUGGCACAGUUAGCUUUCUCCAGAUUGUGGGUGUAUGUACAGAGGAGCUACAAGCAGCCCAACAGUGGAAUGGUCAAGGCAUCCUGGAGCUGAUGCGUGGAGUGAGAGUAGCUGGUGGCCCCUGGCUAAUCACAGACAUGAGGAGAGGAGAGACCAUUUUUGACAUUGAUCCACACCUACAACAGGAGAGAGUGGAUCAAGGUAUCGAGACAGAGGGCUCUAACCUGAGUGGAGUCAGCGCCAAGUGUGUGUGGGAUGAUCUGAGUCGACCGCCAGAGGACGAGGAGGACAGCCGAUCCAUCUGCAUAGGAUCACAGCCACGCAGACUCUCAGACAAAGACACAGAGCAGAUCAGGGAGACCCUGAGAAAAGGACUGGAGUUUAACAGCAAGGCAGCACUACCACCCAUCAACAGCCAGAGGCAGAGCCAUGAGAAACCUCAGAGUCGGAAGGACAGUUUGGAGAGUGAAAGUUCAGCAGCCAUUGUCCCUCAUGAGUUGAUCCGAACACGUCAGCUGGAGAGCGUCCAUCUGAAAUUCAAUCAAGAGUCAGGCACGCUACUGCCCCUCUGCCUACGGGGACGGCUGCUUCAUGGCAGACACUUCACUUACAAAAGUAUCAAUGGGGACACGGCCAUUACAUUUGUGUCUACGGGAGUUGAAGGAGCUUUUGCUACUGAAGAGCAUCCAUAUGCAGCCCAUGGCCCCUGGCUUCAGAUAUUGUUGACUGAAGAGUUUGUUGAGCAGAUGCUUGGGGAUUUACAGGAACUUCACAGUCGCGAGGAGACAAAAUUACCAAAGGAGUACAGCUGGCCAGAAAAGAAGCUGAAGAUCUCUGUGCUACCAGACUCUGUUUUUGAUAAUCCACUUCAAUGAGGCACACAACAACACCUGCAAACACACUUCCAAAGUGGACCAUCAGGAAAAGGAGACUUGCAGCAGCCCUCAGCUAUAAGGGUGCACAGAUAUAUUGUUCCCACAGUGGACGGCCAGAAAUGGUUUUAUUCCCGAAGAUGAUCUGAGGGAAGAACUGAAGACUUGUGACUGUUACUGCAUUCCAAGACUAGCCCAAGUGCUUACAACAUUUCUCUGAGGCUUGAAUGCUUUUGAAGAUGUCAGAUCAGCCUCUCCAGAUGGUUGAGCUGUUAGAACAAUCACUACAGGUGACCCACUAGUUGUAGAGCCAAACAGGAUGUUGUCAUUCCCUCCAGUAAGGCCUGCCAGGUCCAACGUAUGCGUCACAAAUGCAGCUGAACACACAUCCUGUGAUCACUAGAUAUGAUGUUCCCAAGCAAUAACCGGGUUGCAGUUCUAUUUAUUCCGGUGGCCUUAGAAAGGGCGGAAAAGUUGCAUAUUGAAUCAUUUUGUGUUUUCAAUUGUGUAGAGUAUUUACAAAUGCUGGACAUUUUUCUCUAGUGUGUUUGUGGUAAAACCAAAGUUAUAACUGUUGACACUCUGCUGCCUACACUCUCUGUAUGUCUGUGUCAUGAUUCUGUAAUAACCCGUCUGACCUGAUAGGCGGAACUAUGAUUAGCUUCUGUUAACUGCCUGUUGGUCUGAGGGUAACCAGACAAGCCUCUAAAGUGCAUUCAAUGGCAUUUGGCAAGUACUGCAUAGUAUACCUGCCUUUCACUUCCUAUGCCAAGAACAUGCCUCCUGUAAUGACUAAUAAUUUUUGAAUGCAUCUUUCACUUUUUUUUUUUCCAUGAUCCAUGUUUUAGAGUUAUGAAAUGAAAACCAUCAAGGAACCCGUGUUCAGUGUCCUGUUUCAAGCAUCGUCUCCAGCGGUCCCAUAAAUUUUUUUUUUUUUUAAUCAGUAGGACCUGCUUGAAAACCUUAAAAACUCCUCUGUGCCUUGACUUGGAAAAAACACCACGUAUUCUGACUGACUGUUAAAGCUGCCUUUAUCUCUUGGGGGGUUCAGAAAUAUCAUUUUGAAUCUAAUACUAUUGUUGCAUUCCAUGUUAACACCAAAUCACUUUUACUACAGUGUCUUCUUACACAGAUCUACUCUUAUACAAAAUGUAGUCAUAUCUUAUAUUUGUCUUUUUGUAAUUCAAAUGUAAAGGUUACUCACUGUUGCUGUGACAUUUUGUAAUAGUUAUCUUAUUGACUGAACUGGCUGAUUGUAAUCCUAAAUGCGUUCAGGUGUGUAGGUAUUUACACAAAUAAAGCUGGAACACUAAGA